AUGUGUGCUUCUUUGUUUGUGUUGUUGGUUGUAUUAAGUGUGGUAUCUGCAGAACUAAAUGCUGCAGACUCUAUUGAAAAGAUUGAGAAAGAUUUUGAAGAUAGAUGGGGAAAGGAUAAACCUGAAGUGAAAACCUGUGAUGACUGCAAAGAAACCCAAGAAUCUCAAAUCAUCCAGAGGAGUACAAAUAAGCGUGUACCUGAGAGACUAAAUUACACUGUCGAGAGGCCUAAUCUAAAGCUAAAGUAUUCUCACCACUCAAAAUUCAUAAAGAUGAACAAGAUGUAUGCUUCUAUGUUUGUGUUGUUGGUUGUAUUAUGUUUGGUAUCUGCAAGAAAAAAGCUAAAUGCUGCAGAAUCUAGCGAGGAGAUUGAGAGCGAUUUUGAAGGUAACUGGGGAGUGGAUAAUGAGAAGGUGAAAACUUGUGAUGACUGCAAAAACUAUGGGAGUGAUACAACUUAUCUUCGAAAUUUGGAUUAUCGUAUGAAAAAACAUAAAUUCUAUAAAAAUUGCCAUGAUAAACUUUGUAGCAGUAAACAGGAAUAAAUCUAUCUGUAAAGCUA